AAACGGUCAAGUAUUUUCAAAAACAUCUCCCACUCUUAACUCUCACUUCUCAUCAAUCUCAAUCAUCAAUUUCAACAUCGUUUUCAUAAACCUGUCUCAAAAAUCGAAUCUUUGUUCCAUUUUCUUCAUCAAUCAAUCAAUGGCUUCUGCUACUCCAAAAACCCCCAACAAAAUCUCCAACAAUUACAACCCAAUUUCAGUUUCCAAGGUGAGGGUCAUAGUUAGGGUAAGACCCUUCCUUCCUCAUGAAAUCACACCAAGAAAUGGUGGUGACCCAGUUUCUUGUAUCUCCCUUUUGGAUCAAGAUUUUCAAUCUCGUGAUGAAGUAGCGGUUUAUCUCAAAGACCCACAUACCAGUCGUAAUGAGUGUUACCAAUUGGACUCAUUCUUUGAUCAAGAGGACAAUAAUGUGGGUCAGAUAUUUCAUACUGAAGUAAACCCUAUGAUUCCUGCUAUCUUCAAUGGCUGUAAUGCUACUGUGUUUGCUUAUGGUGCUACUGGAAGUGGAAAGACAUACACUAUGCAGGGAACUGAAGAACAACCUGGCUUGAUGCCACUGGCAAUGUCCACUAUCCUGUCUAUUUGUCAAAACACUGGCAGCACGACACAUAUUUCAUACUAUGAGGUCUACAUGGACCGAUGUUACGAUCUCUUAGAAGUAAAAGCGAAUGAGAUUUCAGUUUUGGAUGACAAAGACGGUCAAAUUCACCUCAGGGGACUAUCUCAAGUUCCAGUACACACAAUGUCUGAAUUUCAAGAGAUUUUCUCCAGUGGUGUUCAGAGACGCAAAACUGCACACACCGGCCUCAACGAUGUAUCUAGUAGAAGUCAUGGAGUGCUUGUGAUAUCUGUAGUAUCGACUCCUCUUGAUGGAAGUGGAAGUCCUGUAUGUGGAAAGCUGAAUCUCAUAGACUUGGCAGGUUACCGUCCUCUCAAUUGGGGGAAUGGGUUUGAUGUAUUGCAAGCAACAGAAGGAUGUAAUGCGUUUAAAGUUGAUGCAGGUAAUGAAGACAACAGAAGGAGCUGCAAUGAAGGGAUUCGUCUUCAAGAGAGUGCUAAGAUAAAUCAAUCCUUGUUUGCGCUGUCAAAUGUGAUAUACGCGUUGAACAACAGCAAACCAAGAAUUCCCUAUAGAGAGAGCAAAUUGACCCGUAUAUUACAGGACUCUCUAGGGGGAGCGAGUCGUGCACUGAUGGUUGCUUGCCUGAAUCCAGGAGAAUACCAGGAAUCUGUUCAUACCGUUAGUUUGGCUGCUCGAUCAAGGCACAUAUCUAAUUUUGUAACCUCAGCUCAUAAACUAGAGACGCCAAAAGUUAAAGUUGACAUGGAAGCCAAAUUGAGAGCUUGGCUAGAAUCAAAAGGCAAGACAAAUAGCUCACAACAAAAACUUGGACCGUUUAAUUCCCCACAUGUGAAAAAAACUCCUGGUUCCAUCAUUACAUCUGCUAAGAGAUCGGUUAAUUUCAAUACUUCAGUGAAGGAGGCAAGAACUUCCACCAACAAAGAUGCUAAACAAACUGCUGAAAGGAACUUAUCUGUUUCUUUUAGAAAUUUACUAGAUGGUGAAGUUGCUUUUGGUUCUUGGAAGGAGGACAAUGAUAAGAGAGAGAUUGAGCAUGAGACCAAUAAUGUUGCAUGUGAACCUUACAAUAACCUAACUGAUGAAACAUUAAGCAAAGUUGCGAACUUGCAAAUUACAAAUGAGAGUAACGAGGCAACAGUACUACAAAGUCCAUUAAGAAAAGCCCUCUCUCCCAUCAACAUCAAUGGUAAUCAAAAGCAUCAUGAGGCUUCGCAUUUGACACAAACACCUUUCUCUGCUACUUGCUCCACUAAAAAAGUAUUGCUGAAAAAUUCCACUCCACUUGAAAAAUUCAGUGCACAAAGUUCCACAUUGAAGAACUGCUUAGUUCAAGAAUACAUCGAUUUGUUAAAUAAUGCAAGCAGAGAGGAACUACUCGAGUUAAAGGGCAUAGGAGGGAAAAUGGCAGAAUACAUAAUAGAACUCAGAGAAGAAAGUCCACUAAAAUCGUUAAGUGAUUUGGAGAAGAUUGGUCUCUCUUUGAAGCAGGCUCAUAACUUGUUUACUAAGGCUGCAAAGAAACUCUUUGAAGAUAAAGCAGAAGAUUCAAUAAUCAAUUGAUUUUCCAUUGUUAAAUAGUUGUUACAUUGUGUGUGAUUUAGAUUCUUAAAUAGUUUCUUAUGCUUUUCAAUUUAGUAUUUGUAGCAUUGUUGCCACUAGCAACAUAUUUCAGCUUGUUGUGUGUGUAUUAAUAUUCUCCUAACAAGACAAGGCACAAAUCAUUUUACUAUGCAUUAACAAAAAAGUGUGAUUCUUUCUUUCAAUAUAGUAUCAAUUAUUUUACUCC